CUCCUCACGGAUUUCACCCGGCCGGCCCACCUGGCUCUGGACGGCGGCCAAGUCGCAUUCCAGCUGCAGCCGGGCCUGGUGAACCGCCUGCGGAGCCUGGCACGUGCCAAGAGCGUCACCCUCUUUGCGCUGCUUCUAGGCCUCUUUGCUAUGGUGCUGGCACGCUGGGCUGGCGCAAAGGAACUUGCAAUUGCCUCGCCUGUGGGUCAUCGCCAAGGGAGCGCUGUGGAGCCGCUGAUAGGAUACUUCGUGUGGCGGCCUUUUCGAGCCCUGGCUGUAGAUGAGCUUCUGCUACGCCUCCACAGCACAAUGUUGGGCGCUUUCAGCCAUUCCUCAACCCCGUACGCGAAGGUCUUGGAGGCUGCGGGUCUGGACCCCGCAGCGGUGCCUGCCCUCUUCGUGCUGCAGGACCGGAAUGAGGCAGCCUGGAGCAUGGAGGCAUGGAUCCUGAAAGCGCUGGGAUGUCCACUAGAUAUGGGGCGUUUCGUGUUGCCAUGUGUUGUUGAGGGCUUGCGAGUGGAGCAAGUGGAAAUCAAGCGGAGACUGCAGGGCAUCCUUGCCGCUUGCAUGCAAUCCAAAGGAAUGACACAUGCAAAGUUUCAGCCGACCCGUGGUACGUCUGGGCGUGAGGUUUACAACAAGCAGUUGUGGACCGAAUCGCGGGUAGUUUCGAGCAAUAGCAGGGCGCGAGUCCUGGAGUGGGGCGGUCACAACCGAGCCGUCCAAGCGCCGACACCCUUGAUCAAGGCCUUGAAAGUGCAGCUUCUCCAGUGCCAGCAAGAAUCCGCGAUCCUGGUUGGUGACCGUGCGGUGAGUUACAGCGAGCUUCAAGCGAGGGUGGUGUCUCUGGCCUCCGCCUUGAGGCAGCGGCCGGAGCUUCAGAGCCAAAGCCUUGAAACGUCUAACUCCUCUUCACCCUCACAUUCCUCGCAUUCCUCUUCCGAACUUCUUGUGGCUUUGCUGCUCCCUCGGUCCGUGGACCUGGCUGUGGCCAUCUGGGCAACCUUGAGCGUGGCAGCCUACGUGCCGGUGGAUCCUGAGUACCCAGCGGAGCGCGUUUCCCACAUCCUCUCCAGCGCCCAGCCACGGCUGGUCCUGAUGCGCAAGGAGCAUGAACAGCUUGCCGGCAGCUAUCCAAUCUUCGGGACGUGGCAGUGGCCCGACAUAGACGCAAAAGGAAGCCUAGAGGAACUCCGGCAGCCGGCUCCGCAACAACUGGCCUACGUCAUUUACACCUCGGGUUCUACGGGACAGCCCAAGGGUGUGGCCAUUGAGCAUCGGUCGGCUGCAAACAUGGUGCACCAGCAGCUGGCGCUGAUGCGCAUCAAGCGCCAGGAUCGUGUGCUCCAGUUCUUCAAGCCAGCCUUUGACGGUGCCGUGCAGGAGUACCUGAGCACCUUCCUUGCGGGGGCAUGUUUGGUGAUUUGGGAUGAGAGUGAAGGAGAAAGUUUCGCGGAGGCCUUGGAAAACCAUCGCGUAACGGCCGCCACGCUGACGCCCUCGGCCUUAGCGGUGCUGAACCCCUCAAACCUACCCGCCUUGGCCACGAUUGCCGUGGCGGCCGAAACCUGUCCACCUUCGCUUGUGAACCUUUGGACCUCUUCGUCGAAGCGGAUGCUCAAUGCCUAUGGCCCCUCAGAGAACACCGUCGUCACAACCUGGGCCGAACUGAACCACUCCAAUGAGACCUUCAUCCUGCGCUCCUUUGACAGCCUUGACACUUUGACUUCAGCGCCUGUUAGGCAGGAGCAAGUACCCAUUGGAACUCCCCUUGCUGGGGUUCAGUGCUACGUGUUCGAAGCAACAGCAGUGAAGUCUCUUCAGGCGAUCGGUACUCCUGGCGAGCUCUGCAUUGGGGGCGUUCAGCUGGCUCGAGGUUACUUUGGGGAUGCGGCCAAGACAGCGGAGAAGUUCGUGACCAACCCCCUUCUCGGCCAAAAGAUAGAGCGGAUGUACAAGACAGGCGACAUAGUGACUUGGCUGCCACAAGGGCAGCUCCUCUACCUGGGCCGAAACGAUGAGAUGGUCAAGGUGCGAGGCUUUCGCAUUGAGCUGGCGGAGGUGGAGGCAGCACUCGCAGCCCUGGGAGCUCAGGCUGUGGCUGUGGCGGUCAAUGCAGCCAAAGAUGGUCUUUGGGCCUGGGUCACACCCAGAAGCUUGUCCCCAAAAACCUUGCGAGCGGAGCUGCUGAAAACGCUGCCCCAAUACAUGGUUCCGACCAGGAUUGCAUCCCUGGAAACAUUUCCGUUAACUCCCAAUGGCAAGAUCGACAAAGCUCGGCUACUGGCGGAGAGCUGCUCCGAGGUGCACCUGGACGGCCUGGAGGGUCCUGCGGUGGAGCCCUGCUCGGCACUGGAGCAUCGUCUCUGUGCCACAGCGGCUGCGGUGCUUGGAUUGGAGACUCUAGGGGUUACGAUGGACUUGCGAAGUGCUGGCAUGACCUCGUUGAAGGCAGUGCUGCUUUCGCAAAAGUUGAGAGACAUAGGUCUGACACUGCCACUUGCCAAGCUGUACGAGUUGCAGACUGUGAGGGCGGUGGCUGAACACUUGAGCAUACAGGAGGAGGUUGUCCUGGGGGCGCUGAAUGAGGCGGAUGUUGAGUCAGGCAGAUGCGAUCUUGGUCGGAAGGGCUGCGUAGGGCUUCUCCGCUCAUUCACCGUUCUGUGCUGGCGGCUUUUGGUGUGGGUUUGGAUCAGCGGUGUCGUCAUUUGGCCCGCGAUGCUUCCAUUAAAGUUCUCGAGUCGCUUGGCAGAGACCCGAGGAGCUGCAUGGUCGCUAGCCUUCAUGGUGCUUGUGGGCUACCCGUUCUACCUCUUGUCAAUGGUCGCACUGGUAAUUUGCACGAAAUGGCUGCUCAUCGGUCAGUAUCGAGCAGGCGCAUUCCCUGUCGACUCCUGGGCCUUCUUGAGGUGGUGGGCUGUGGACCGGCUUGUGGUGUUCGUGAACGAACUGUCUUUGGGUGCCUUCCGGGGCGGGGUUCUCUACUUUCUUUACCUCAAAGCGCUGGGGCUCCGGGCCACGGGCUACUGCCGCAUCGACACGCGCCACGUCUCAGAGCCCACGCCUCGCUUGGCGUUGUUUGAUUUGAUAACGCUGGGGCGCUGCUGUGUCGUCGCAGAGGGAGCAAAGCUGCGGCCCGCAGCAGCUGAGGCCGGGGUGCUUCAUCUACGCCCGUUGGCCUUUGGUGACCACUGUGCAGUGGGCGAAAAUGCUGUUUGCACUGCGGGCUGCGCGGUUGGGGAGGGCGUCACUCUGCAGCCGCUGUCCAUGCUGUCUGGACGCACGGGUCGAACGCUGCCGGAUGGCUCGGUCUGGAAAGGCGCACUGCUGGUGCAGUCCAGGCAACAACCAAUCCGAGUUCCCGUGGGACUUCUUUGCCACGACCUUCUUGUUGACGCCUUUGCCCUGAUCCUCACCCUCUUGCUUCAGACUGCCUGCAGCUUGGGCGCCUACUGCUCCUUUGGACUCCUGGCUGAGGUGCAAGGCUUCGGCUUGGGAGAGCAAACAUGGCAAUGGCAGGCGCAGCCGGAGGGCUACCUCUUCGCAGCCACGUGGCUGCUUUUUGGUCCGCCGGUGAUGGCUUCCGCGGACGUUCUCCUUGGUCUUGACUUGGCAGGCUUGGCAGACCAGGUCUCGGCUGCGAUGGGCAUCGGCCAGUGGCAGUUGGGUCUUCGUUUGGCAGGCAUGGUGGUGCUCAGCUUCGCGGUUUACGGCUGGUCCCUCACCGUCAGCUCGGCGCUGCUUUGCAGGUACAUCCGCGGAUCUCGGAAUUUGAACUCGUGGUUUUUUCAGGUGAGGCGUGUGGUGCUCAGGCUGACAUUCCCACGCUACCCGGCGCAGAUAGGAGGUACCUGGGCUUUGUCGAUGUACUUCCGACUUCUCGGUGGUCGCGUCUCGCUGCGUGCCACGGUGGCCGUAUCCGAACCCCCCUUGGAGCCGCGGAAGCUGCACGUGGCCGAGGGGGCCUUGCUGCUGACCCACCAAGCCUUGGGGGAAUGUGAGGUUGGAAAGGGCUCCAUUGUGGGCGCAGGAGCUGUACUGCUUCCACAUUCGCAGGUAGAACCGGGGGCCGUGGUGGGUGCUAUGUCUGUUGCCGGACGCCCUGUCCGGUCUGGCCUGCAGCUUGUAGGCAACCCGGGGGUCAUCAUGCGGAUGGCAACUCUGAACCAAGAGCCUACCGUCGGUUGGGCAAGGCAACACCUGCGAAGGAGUGUGAAGAUUUUGUAUCCUCUGCUGGCACCCAUGUUUUUGCAGAUGCUGCUGUUGACCACGUUACUGCCUGCCAUGUACUUUCUCACAGUGCUUCUCGACUUCCUGGCACACUCGUCGAGUGGUUCAGGAUUGAUGCUUGCUUUCUCGUUGCCAGCAGCGUAUGUGGCACUGGGAUGGUGCCUGUGCCUUCUAGCGGUCUUGGUGCACCGUUUGCUCUCUGUCUUUCGACCUGGAUCCUGGUGCGAGAUUGGGUCAGUGCGGCAUCACUUGGUGACAUUCUCUGAGCAGCUGAAUGCCAUGUCCCUCACCAUCUUUAUGGGCAUGGCCUUGGGCUCACCCUUCUACAAUUUCUGGCUCAAGGCUAUGGGAGCCCAAGUCGCAAAGGAUGCGCUUCUUUUGACAGCCAUUCUUGGCGACUACCGAUGGCUGACGGUGGGCCAGGGUGCUUCCGUUGACAAGGAGGCAGUCUCAGCACGCUGGCACCCUUGUCUGCAGUCACGGGCUGAGCUGCUUUCCGACGCGAUCCAGGAUCCACCGGCUAACGUAGCCAGGACGAGGCGCUCCGCUGCCAUCCACCGAGGACUACCACCGCAGGCCUUCGGAUGGUCCAAGCUGGGCUUGGUAAAGCCAAGUUCCCGGCAGCCUCCGGUGCUGCUGCCUGCCUUUGUCAGCCGUGCCAUUGGCCGCAUGAAGGUGCUGCAGUCGCAGCAGGGUGGGGAAGUGGUGCCGCUGGUCAGUGGCUCUACGGGCUUCUUGGGAAGGAGCCUUGUGGCAGCCCUUUUGGAAUCUGGGGCUUGCAGCCGGAUCGUUUGCCUGGUUCGUGCUGCGGACCCAGCAGCCGCAGAGCGCCGGGUCUUGGAGGCGCUUGAAAGGGCCGGCACCUCCCAUCUCGACCUGAGCAUCUUGGAGGCCGUCCCAGGGGACUUGCAGCAGCGAAACUUUGGCCGGCCUUUUGCAGAAGUGCAGCGGCUAGCAGGGCGGGUGACGCAUGUGAUCCACGCAGCGGCCAAGGUGAAUUUGACCGAGCCUUUCGACCUCAUGAAGAAGGACAACGUGGACGCAACGGCCCACCUUCUGGAAUUCUGCUGCGUAUCCAGACCAAAGCCAUUUCACCACGUGUCCACCAUGGGCAUUCUGACGCCAGACAUGCUGGACCGAAAUGGCGUGGUACCGGAGGGGGCACCUUUGGGCGAUAUCCGUUCUCUUCCAAUGUACGGCACGGGUGAUCAGGCCAAUGGCUACCCUCAGAGCAAGUGGUUGGCCGAGAGGUUGGUCUUUGAGGCUGCUCGUCAGGGCUUGCCCUGCUACAUUCACCGGCCUGGCCUUAUAGGUGGCCAUUCGGCGACGGGCGCAGCUGCUGAGGAUGUGUUCUUUCAUUUUCUAUCAGACGUGUUGAAGCUCCAACGCCUGCCUGCCAUGGAAGGGCGGAAGUUCAACUUGACGCCUGUGGAUUGGGUUGCCAAGGCAAUUGUUCGAAUACUUCUUCCGGGUUGGCUGGAGACCCGCAAACUUCCAAAUGGCAGUGUCUUCCACCCUGCCAUGCCGAACAAUGAGAUCACCACUGACAAGAUGGCUGCGGUUUUGAAGCGCGUCGGGCGCGCUGGUUUUGAGCCCGGUUCGGGAUGGUUUUGUGGUCAGGCGAUGUUUUUGAAUGUCGAGGUAGCAGCUUGCAGGAAACAAACAUUCUUUCGAGCUUGCCGAAGCAAGUCAGCAUGCACGCUGUGCAGAUAUGUGAAUGCAGUGUAA